CUAAAUUGGUUUUAAAUGGAGGGCCAUCUUCCCGGCUCCAUGCGGGGUCAAUUACGCAGUUUCGCAGCUUAUUAUCGUUACAAGCAGCUUCCAGCAACGUUUUUGGAGACAGCGAGUGCUAGAGGGAGACGACCAAAGACGGGAAACGGUUUGCGUGAUGUCACUUUGGGUUUGAUCGGUUACCCAAUUGCGAAGAUAAACCUGCGACUGAUACUCGUGAGCGGCAAGACGAAAGAGUUCCUGUUCAGUCCAUCCGACUCGGCCGGGGACAUAGCACUAACAGUGUUCGAAAAUUGGCCCGAUGACUGGGAAACGGAAGCGGUAGCCAAGGCGGAGAUCCUAAGACUUAUCUACCAGGGCAGAUUUCUGCACUGCAACGUGACGCUAGGCGCCCUAGGGUUACCAUUAGGCAAAACGACCGUGAUGCACUUGGUCCCACGUGAUAAUCUGCCCGAGCCAAAUUCGCAAGAUCAGCGGCAAAAGAGUAAAGGCGGUUCCAGUAGAUGUUGUUCCACUAGUUGUUGUAUAUUGUAACCAAUUUUUAUCGAGAGCACUAUAAAGAAACGCUACCACUAACUAACCAGAAAGCCCCCCUCACGCACUCACGCAUAUUUACUAAGAAACAAAAACAAAAAACAUCACGGAAUUAGCGCCGCCGGACUGCUGUAACUAUACGAGGUCCUCGGGAGGACCGGAUCCCAGUGCAGAAUGAUGGACGUUAUAGGCUCUGAUUUCCACCCUGAUAUCCUUUAUUAUUUUUUGUUACAUAGUUUGUCGCCUUAUUUGUUCGUCGACUCGUAUUAGUGGAAAUUUGUUCAGAUUUUUGUUUUAGCCUAUAUUAUAGUUUUGUGCAAUCUUUGCUGUCGCAGACACGGGCAUGAACAAACUCCUCAUCGAGAAAGAGAGAGAGCAGCGCCGCACAGUGGAGAGUACGCGCAACAGCGCAAACGUAUGAUAAAUUUACGGUUUAAUUAGUUUUGUAAGUGCAGCAAAGUUUAGGAAUGACGGAGGAGUGAUUUAUAAGAACAACGGUACAUAUUUUUAGCGAAAAUUCUAUACAUAUACAAAGCAGAGGAAGCGAGCGCAUCGCGAAAAUAAGGGAAAAAUAGGUGUGCCCACUUAUGAGCAGAGACGAGUAAUACCAGAUGAAAUUACUAGGCUAUAGGCAAUUCGUUGAUCGUAUAGGUUCUAUAUAUUUUUCUCAGAUUAAGUAUUUUUACACAAGGUCAAGAGGACGAGCGUAGGUGGAACAGGUGUCUAACCAUCAGCUUUCGCCCCCUAAGUUUCGACUUUUUCGUCGUUUAGUGCGCAAUCCUAUCAAAACACUACUGAAGAAAAAAUUGUGAAAGCAAACCAUAGUGAAGAACGUUUUAGAAAGAGAUUAUUUAACGUAAACCAAAACGGAGAAAAUCAUACACUUAAACAAACAAGAAUCUAUUGUUAUCAGAAAACGGAAAAGAUCAGUUACUCUAUAGUUUAAUAACGAAAUUGUAAAAAGUAAAGUGAACCACAAUUGAACAAUUAAAAACAAACACAAAAUGAAACCCAAAAGAUAUCAAAAGCGCCACUUACUCAUACACAUCGAAAUUCAGAGCAUUACAACACAAUACACACAGAAAGAGAAACACACUCUUAAAAAGCCGAAGAAACAAUUCCUCAAGCAACGCUAGCC